AUGUGGUCCACAAUCUCUAUGAUUAUGAUAUUCGUACAUGCUCGUACGUUUUCAUGUACUGAAGCACCAAAACCAAGGAUCGAAGUGAUAUCGGCACCUGUAGGUGACCGUGUUAUUUUGUCAUGUGGGGUCGAAAACAGCAAAUACCGUGUUUAUGAGUGGCUUGAAAAUGAAAAACCUGUGGAAUUUGCUGCUUAUAAUGUUACAAUGCACUCCAAUGGAAGUUUAGAUUUUCGACUGCGAAUGGAAAAUGCAGAUAGAAUACUUAGCUGUCAGUCGUACAACUCUUAUCCAAAUGGCACACGUGACUCACUACUUAUUUUUGUGUACGGUUUUGCACCAAAAGUUAAAGCAUUUCUUUCAAAGACAGUGCAUAAUGCUACUGUAGACUGGGGAUCUAUCUACAGAAUUCCAUGCAUUUUUGGGGGGACUGGUCCGAGAAAUGAUACGAUGAUUCUCAAUAAUCGGACUGUGGUCGAAAAAGAGCAUAACAUUACUGAAGAUUCAAUUGUCGAGUGUAUAGUUCAGAAUUCUUUGGGUACAGUGCAUGAUUUCGCCUAUCUAUCAGUUCGUCCUGAUUCUAAAGCUUGGGGAAUUAAACAUGGAGUUUCAGAUCGAGUUCAAGGAAAACUUGACUAUCAUUCUGUAACUUGUUUAUUAUCGUAA